UUGUAUAGAUUUUAUUACAGUGUUUAUAUGAAAUAAGUAUUAGUCUUUCUUUAUUCUAUUAGUGAAAACAAAUAGCCUUCAUUAUAAUAUAAUUGAAACUUAAUAUAUUUACUGAAAGGACGGAAACAGUAAUACGCGUCAGAGUGUUGGCAAAAUAAGUGUGUUUAGAAAAUAAAACACAACACAGUGUAUUGGUUUAUCUAACAAAGAUAUACGGAAGUAGAGUAUAGUUCCACAAUCGUGUGCUAAAAUAUAAAUAUAUAUACAUAUAUAGUAUGAGUAAUAAAUCGAGUGUAAGGGAAUGUAUCAAUGGGGUGACCGGCUUGGAAAUAGUCAAUGGUACCACCCAUACUUUACGGCCGUUAAAUGAAAUUCGGGUGUGGUGUGAUGGUUGCUAUGACAUGGUUCACUUUGGUCAUGCCAAUUCCCUUCGACAAGCCAAAGCACUUGGUGAUAAGGUUAUUGUAGGUAUUCACACAGACGAAGAAAUAACAAAACACAAAGGACCACCCGUUUUUACAGAAGAAGAGCGUGUCAAAAUGGUAAAAGGCAUUAAAUGGGUUGAUGAAGUGGUACUUGGCGCACCAUAUGUUACGACCUUAGAAGUUUUAGACGAACAUAAUUGUGAUUUUUGUGUCCAUGGUGAUGACAUAACGAUGACAGCGGAAGGUGUGGACACAUACCAUCUUGUCAAAUCUGCAAAUCGUUACAAAGAAGUGCGACGUACAGCCGGAGUUUCUACAACUGAUUUAGUGGGUCGUAUGCUGCUUUUAACUCGUAACCACUUCCGUCAGGGAUCCUCAGAAUAUGACAUUGAAAAAGAAGAACCGAAAAUUUGUGUUUGUAAAUGUUCUUCAAAUAUGGGUCAAGAUUCUGCAGCCAAAAGUCCAUGGACGGGCGUUAGUCAGUUUUUACCUACAACUCAGAAAAUCAUACAGUUCAGUGAUGGGAAAGCACCAAAACCUGGUGAUAAAAUCGUUUAUGUUGCUGGUGCUUUUGAUUUGUUCCAUGUUGGCCAUUUGGACUUUCUAGAAAAAGCUAAAGAACAGGGAGAUUUUUUGAUUGUUGGGUUGCAUACAGAUCCCGUUGUAAACUCCUAUAAGGGCAGCAAUUAUCCAAUUAUGAACCUACAUGAACGUGUUCUAAGUGUACUGGCUUGCAAGCACGUCAACGAAGUUGUCAUCGGUGCUCCUUAUUGCGUUACUGAAGACCUGUUGGAUCACUUUAGGGUGGAUGUGGUUUGCCAUGGUCAGACACCCAUAGCUUUCGAAAACGGCAACAUCGAUCCAUAUGGCAUACCAAAGAUUAGAGGAAUUUUCACAGUCAUAGAUUCUGGAAACUCAAUGACAACAGAACGCAUUGUUGAGCGUAUAAUUUCACAUCGGUUGGAAUACGAACGGCGAAACUGUGCUAAGGAGAAAAAGGAAAUCGAGGCUUUCGAGGCGUUGCAGCGAGCCAAGCAAACGCAAAAAGCUGGUUGAGUUAGUGUAAAGAAACAAAAACCAAACAUCACUCAAUUGUACAGAAAUGUGCAGAAAACUGUUUAUUUCAAUAGAUUAGCAAAUUUAUUUUUUAUAUUUUAUUGUUACACAUUUUAAUUGUAUGUUUAUUUAUAUAUGUAUAUUUAGAAAGCAUUGGCGAGACCAAAUAGAGCUUAUUGAGAAUAACGCUACAA